UGGUUCAGGAGAGGAAUGCGAGUACUGAAUACAACACACGGCAAACUUCAGUUAUCUAGCGAUAUAUAGCAUCUUGUCAGCUAAUAUUAGUCUCAUUUAACAGCUUCGUUGUUUGUAUUUUUAGUUGUGUAACAUCAUGGACGCUCUCCUCUCCAGACUCUUCUCCUCGGAGGAAGAGGAGCUGUACAUGUUAGACUGCAUGGCUUACUUGAUGCUCUUCAUGGCAGCCUGCACUUUCCUUACUCUGCUCUUUGAAAACGUCCCAUACGGCCGGUAUGCUGACAGCAGGUUCGGGUUCCCAGUGAAUGUCAGGCUGGCUUGGUUCGUUCAGGAGCUGCCUGCGUUUCUGGUGCCUUUGUGUCUGCUAGUUUGGACAUCCUCUGCAAAAACCUCCCUGCUGCCCAACCAGCUGCUCAUUGCCAUGUACGUCUGCCACUAUGUCCAGAGGUCCCUUAUUUAUCCGUUUUUAAUCCGAGGAGGUAAACCAACACCGUUCGUCUCAUUUGCCCUGGCUAUUGUUUUCUGCAUCUAUAAUGGCUACAUGCAGAUCAGGUACCUGAGCCAUUAUGCUGAGUACCCUGCACAUUGGGUUGCACAUCCGUGCUUCAUCGCAGGUUCUGUGCUGUGGUUGGUCGGCUGGCUGGUGAAUAUGCAUUCUGACCACAUCCUGAGGAACCUGAGGAAGCCCGGAGAGACUGGUUACAAGAUUCCCACAGGAGGAAUGUUUGAAUAUGUGUCUGGAGCCAACUUCUUAGGAGAGAUAACAGAGUGGGCAGGCUUCGCUCUGGCCGGCCACUCUGUUCACAGUUCAGCUUUUGCCGUCUUCACCAUAGUGAUCCUCUCCAGCAGGGCUGUGGCCCACCACAAAUGGUACCUUGCUAAAUUCGAAGAUUACCCUAAAAGUAGGAAGGCACUGAUUCCCUUUCUGUUCUAAAAACACCACGGGUACUAAAAGCCUGAACAGGUACUGGUUCUUACAAAGGCUGAGAAGAACAUAUCCACAAUAUAUUUUUUUUAUAAUUUAGGAAAACUUUAAAGCUAGAAAAACCUUGAAGAUACAGUUGUUUUUAUUGCUGAAAAACAAAAUGUAAAAACAGGCUGCAUGCUUGUAAAUCUCAUCUGAGCGGCAAGCAAGCAACAGUUACAAACCACAAUCUUAAAUAAUUUUUUUUAUUGUUACCUUUGCUUAUUACUGUGUUAAUAAUGUCCAUAAAGCAAAACUACCUAAACGACCACAAA